AUGCGGAUGAACUUGUUCCUCACUUCUGCCCUCGCGGCUUUGGCUUCUGCUGCCGACCCCAGCACAACAACUGUCAGCUACUUUGCAAUCGACGCCGGUCUGGACUACGCCAGCCUAGGUGAUUACACCAGCACUGCUGCCCGCGUCGUCGGAAUCGACAAGUACGCCACUACCUACGAGAUUGCCUGCAUGAGGGGUGCAGACAAGUGCGCAAUUCACCACCCUCUGACCAUGGUCCAGGGUCCUGAGACCUUCAGCUUCUCUGGCCAAGUGACCGUCACCACUGCUGGUGGUACCGGCGUUGCAACCAACGUCAUGGAUUGCUCUUUCACCCACACCUCUGAGUCUGUUUCCUGCUCAUGGAGUAUUGCAAUCACCGCCUCUGCUCAAGGCUACACCACUUCCACCUCUGCUUCUGAUUCAAGCACCUCUGUCGAGCCUUCGUCUGUCCAGUACAGUGCCUUGACUGUCACUGAUGGUAUCUACGCUUUCACUGCUAAUGCGACGGCUUCUGCUAGUGCUGUUGCCAUUACUGCCACUGGAGCCGCUGGUCCUGCUAAGCCUUUGAUUACCGCUGCGCCAUUGGGAGCUGCUGCCGCCGCUGCUUUUGCAGCUAUGUUCUAA